AUGUCUGAAGGCAAGGAUAUCGAUUCCUCGUCAUUUGCCAGUAUUUUGGCGGGUGUUCAGAAAAUGCGGGACUCGUACGAGCCUGUGGUACCCGGAAAGCGUCCGAUUGAACGUGAUUUGGAACCUAAGACGCCAUCAGAGUCCACUAGCAACGAUUCCAAAUAUAAUUCUCAAGCUCGGAGCAUUCCUACGACGGUAAGAUCAUCUAGUACAUCUAUUUCUGGAAAUAGGAGUACACUAACUUCUCAUAGUGCAAGUGUAGUGUCCAAUGAGAUAAGCAGACCCCCGGAACAGACUUCAAAUAGCAGAUCUCAUGAUAGAAGCGGGCAUCACAGAAGACAGGGAGUCCAGACGUAUACAUCAGUACAGGUGGCGAACUCUCAGAAGGGUAAUCCUCUUUUGGAGAGCCCCCUGAUGAAACAGACACCAUGGACUUACAACGGCCAGAUUCUCUCAGACUACUACAUCAACGCAACAUUGCAGGUGCUUUUCCUCUCACUCAAGUACCAUAAGCUUCGACCAGAGUAUGUGUGGAGAAGAAUUGAAAAGCUCAAAGGAGGUUCAGUCACAGGUGGUGACAGCCUGGUGAGCGACCAAGCACUUCGAGUGCUUUUGGUGGUGGUGGACAUUGAUUCGCCGCAAGAGGCCAUUCGGCACCUUCUGGGAAUUUGCAUGAAGCAGGAUUUGUCGAUGGUGGUGGCAUGGUCAUUUGAAGAAGCAGGCAACUACCUUGCGUAUUUCAAACAGAACGAGUUGGCCACAUCCAAGAUCGCUUCGUCAAUUCAAGGUGUUAAGAAGGGUGAUUACAAUCUGAACAUUGUCUCCACUCUUACAUCAGUUCGAGCUGUUAAUAAGACAGAUGUGGCGCAUCUUCUAGCCAAUUGCAAGUCAUUCAAGAACGUGGUGCUCCAGGCUGCUCUGGGUGAUGGUCUUGGAGAUAUUCCAGGGUUGGGAGACCGCAAGAUCCAAAACCUCAAAGCGGUGUUUUCAGAACCUUUCGUAUUCAACAAGGAUUACCAGGAUACAUAG